AUGCCGGGUAGGACCUCAAACACAGAGGAUGAUGCGUCUGAUCAGAUCGGUUAUGAUACCCCGCGCUCUGGCAUCGCUACGCCUCAGCCUGACCUCCACGACAAACGAUUACCGGGUAUUAUGAGUUACUUUGGCCAGGUUCGUUCUGCCCCUCUACCUUUUUCCCUCGGCCGCUCGUCUUCCUCCCAAACACAUGAGACUGAGUCGACCCACCCUUCAUGUCCCCAGGAAGAGAAGGAUGCGCGCACCGUACCUGAACAGCUACCGAGCCCUGGUUCGGAUUUGAGCAGCAAGGACCUCACGCCAGACAUUUCGCCUCUCCUUCCACAUGAGAGGAUCGAACCUCUGGCAAAAGUGCAGUCCUCGCAGCAAUCAGCUUCCGAUGUUCAUCCCUACCCUACGCCUCCUAGUUCACAGACGCCGUCAGAAAGGGGGGGCAAGUUGUCAGAUGCAAGUGGCGAUUCCGACGCAGCCGCUAGCGGCUCAUCGAAUCGUUCUUCACUGAACAACAAGAGUGCCACGGAUCUCUCGCAGCUCAAAGUUCGGAGGGCCACAUUGGCAUCCCCUCUUACGAGCAUUGUCACCACAUCCAAUGCUUUCGCUAGCCACCUCUCUAUCCCUAGCGACCGCACUUCUGAAACUACACCAAGUUCUCCCACGGAUGCCCAACCCCCUGCAGGCGAUGCUGGCAGUUUUUUCUCUAAGUCUGCUUCGGUUGAUCGACUCAAGAAGCUAACUGAUGGAUCGAAAAAGAGCGGUCCCUCAACACCUACCCGAACGCUCUCAGCUACCCAUUCGUCCCAACGUGAGGAGAGGUCACCCUCAAAGCAUAGCGGAGAUGGCUCGGAAGCGGGUGGCAGGCAGACACCGGUCUCCUCCUCGAGUGGCGGCGUUGCAGCUCCACCUCAGAGGGGCAAGCUUACUAUUAAGAUUCUAGAAGCAAGGGGACUAAGAAAGAGCCGUGACCCCUACGUCGUUGCCGUAUUCCAAAGAAGCGAACUGAUAUCUCCCGGACCGCGAACGUUCGAGGACGAAGAUGAAUCAUCACCUCAGCCACCUGCGACAGGUGGAAUUCCUAUACAACGCCAAGGUAGUGACCCUGGUCGUGCGAUAUCAAUUCCCAUGAGAAGUCGCCAGAGCAGCAACACCAGCAUUUCGGAUUAUAAUACUUUCAGAAAUCGUCCAGGACGAUCAUUUACAAGCCCGAAGUGGGAUGCUGAGGCAGUAUUUGACGUUGUUGAUUCAGACAUGCUAGUGGAUAUCUCGAUUUACGACCAUAGCACGCAGGGCGAAGAGUUUCUCGGCCACGUGGACUUCCAAGCAGCUGUUCCCGGAAAAGAUGAACCCGUACGAGGUUGGUUCCCUUUAAGAGGAAACGCUGACACAACACCGGACAAGGCACCCACAGGCGAGAUAUUUGUUGAAGCCAUCUACCAGAGGACAGAAAAGAAGCAUUACGGACCGGACGAUUUCCAAAUUCUACGAUUGAUUGGGAAAGGUACAUUUGGCCAGGUUUAUCAGGUGCGAAAGAAGGACACAGGCCGAAUCUACGCCAUGAAAGUCUUAUCAAAGAAGGUCAUUGUACAGAAGAAAGAGGUGGCACAUACAGUUGGAGAGCGAAAUAUCCUGGUUCGAACGGCUAUGUCAGAGUCGCCAUUCAUCGUAGGCUUGAAGUUUUCCUUCCAGACCCAGAAUGAUCUUUUCCUCGUCACAGAUUAUAUGUCUGGUGGCGAACUCUUCUGGCAUCUUCAGAAGGAAGGGCGGUUUGACGAGAAGCGCGCCAAAUUCUACAUUGCGGAGCUCAUCCUUGCCAUUCAACAUCUUCACAAUAACGACAUCGUUUACCGAGACUUGAAGCCCGAGAAUAUUCUGCUCGAUGCGAAUGGCCACAUAGCCUUGUGCGAUUUCGGUUUGUCCAAAGCUAACCUAACGCAAAACGACACCACCAACACGUUUUGCGGAACUACCGAGUACCUAGCCCCGGAAGUGUUACUGGAUGAAGCUGGAUACACAAAGAUGGUAGAUUUCUGGUCUCUUGGUGUUCUGGUUUUCGAAAUGUGCUGUGGGUGGAGCCCUUUCUACGCUGAAGAUACCCAGCAGAUGUACAAAAACAUCGCAUUUGGCAAAGUCCGAUUUCCUCGUGAUACGCUCUCGCAGGAAGGCAGGAAUUUUGUCAAGGGGUUGCUUAACAGGAACCCGAAACACCGGCUAGGCGCUGUUGAUGACGCCGAGGAAUUGAAGCGCCAUCCGUUCUUUGCCGAUGUAAACUGGGAUCUCUUGACCAAGAAGCUCAUAACCCCUCCUUUCAAGCCUAAGUUGAAGUCUGAGACGGACGUCUCUUACUUUGACCCGGAGUUCACAAACGCUCUGAACGCGAAUGGAUCAUUGAACGAACGUGCACAGCAGCUAUCCACGGGCUUUGCCACAUCAACACCCCUUUCUCCGACCACGCAGGCGAAUUUCCAAGGCUUCACGUUUGUCGACGAGAGCGCAUUAGACGACCACAUGAGAGGAAGAUAUGAUGAAGAUAUGGACGACGUAGAUCGCCGAGAUAACGACUGGGAUGACCUUGAUGACAUUGAUCUCCGAAAAUCAAAUAGGAUGAGUGGAAUCGUGAAAACGGGCAAUAACGAUGAACCGUUCGGCAAUUCCCACUUUGACUUAUGACACGAACAUUUCAUUUCCUUUUUUUCUACAUGUACUCUUCUUACACAAAGAUGACUCACCCGCUCGUCCUCAGCAUUUACAGCGGUUUCGUCUAUUACUCUUUAAAAAUUCUCACUAUGGCAUCAUGCAUAGGGCGGCAUUCUGCAUGAGAUGGCGGUUGGCAGAGGUUACUUAAGUCACUACGGAGUGGUAGGGCGUUUGGCAUUUGCAAAUAGUCUGGAAUCAUGGCACAUACGUACACGAAAAAUCGCGGGAUAGUUUCGGAAAUACCUAUCUAAAAUCACCCAUUCAGGUCACGAGGGACCGGUACAGAUCACUAUGAUCCUACUCCUUUGUCACUUCGGUUUGGAAUUUUUGCGGGCUUGGAUGCCAGCUAUAGGGUUGAUAGUGAAGGGUUCUUAAGAUUGUUGAGCUACUUU